GGACGGAUGAAUCGUGAGUCGCGACACAUUGUCAUCCUUCGAGAAAACGAAAAGAGAAAUAUAAAUCGCUUAGUUAUUCGGAGGAAGGGGGGAGGAGGAGGAGGACAAAACCUGUCGGAAGAUAAAUCAAAGAAGAAGAAACAGAGUAGAAAAGAUGGUAAAGCGAAUGGUAGAGCGAGGAGGAAGAGGGACCGAUGCCUAAAUCUCCGACUAUUCUCUGGGAUGGGCGUGGAGGUCACUAACCGGCAACCAUAAAGGCGGCUUGGGACCGGUAGCACGACCUUGAUUCUGUGUUAAGACCCUUCGUAGCCAGGAUUGUGGAUCAAGAAUUAAAAGAAUUAGCCAUCUUCGACGCCUUUGCAGCAUUUUCUCCCCGCGUUGGAGUCUGCAGAUGAAUGAUAUAUGGAUUUAUGGAUUUAGUGAUAAGAUGGUCAUAAUCGAUGACGCUUUAAUUAAGAACAUUAUCGAGCGACAUCCUAAGCAGCUCUCUCUCGAGAAAUCUCACGUGAUGAUUUAUAUUGCAAACGAUUCCCAAGAGGGUAGGAGCGAUCGAAAUGAAUCGAAGGCAAGAGGAGAGAUUUCGACUCGGGCCAAGUCCAGGGCGUGUACGUGAACGAAGUCGUGCUCCUCUUGUGGUCAAGGUCACCGCAAAGCGGGGGACUUAAUAGGCAGGAUGUUGGAUCAUGGGGCCCCCUCCCCCCGGAACGGAGGAGUAGGUAUAUAUAUGCGUCCUCGCGCGUCCGGAAUACCAGAUUGUUGGCCCUCCCCGUCGGCCGCUUCACCGGUGGUGGUAGUCUUUUAAAAUUCAUCGCGGUGUCCAAGGAACAUCUGGAGGAGACCUAGAGAGAGCCCUUGCUCGAUCAGUGCAGUCAGCUUGCGCGCUGUUAACAAGUGUUUUCAUUUGAUUUAGUCUCGUCUCACAGUGAUAACUUAACGGUGCAACGCAACAAAAAGAAAGAGGAAUCAAGAAGCCAGCCAUGGUGGCUUGGAUUAUCCUCUUGACGCUAGUGGGCUUAUCAUCAGCUGUCCCUUCGAAACGACGAGUAUCUGUUGAAGAAAUUCUGCCUUUUACACCACCACGGAAUCAGCAGCAUCCACAGCAACAUGGAUCCGUUCGCUCGUUUCAGAGAGACGCUGUCGAAAGGUCGCCGACUCCAACGUUCGGUCGCCUGUCAAAUUAUUUAGAUUAUAAUGAGUUUGGCUCGCACAGAUAUCCUCUACGCGAUGCGGUCGAAUCGUUACCAGCCAACGUGCUCUACGCUGAAUCGAGUCUCAAAUUUCGAGAUGACUUUGAAAGGGAGAACGGAAGAUUACCUUUGAGAGAUGCAGUAGAACAUCGCGAAGCACCUUUUCUCAGCGUUGAUGUGGAUCACGAGUCGAUUUGGAUCGAACCUGUGGCACCGCCGAUCCUGCGAAGCACGCAAAACUUUGAACCUAAAAUUGUCUGCCGUUUCGAUUCCAGAGCUGUUCAUAGAACGGAACCGUUCUCUUUGCUUCCAGAAAAUGUGCCAGAUCACAAGUGUACUCAUCUGAUAUAUGAUGCGGCUAUUUUGGAUAAAGAAAAUAUUAUCUUUAGAGAUGCAUAUGAUCGAGACGGUUAUAAUGCUAUUAUAAGACUUCGUUCGCGGGAUCCAACGUUGCGUGUGCUUAUAUCAAUCACAAAUCAGAAUCUGCACGACGGUAUAUUCAUCCAAUAUUCCUCCAACGUCACUCUAUUCCCGCAAAAGUCUAUUCUCGAAUUCCUCGAGGAGUAUCCCUUCGAUGGCAUCGAGCUCGACUGGUCGGCUGCUGCCGAGGAUUGGCAAAGCUUCAAGAAUAUGCUUAAGAUAAUCGGCGCUUCAUUGACCAGAAAAGGAUAUACUUUGGCAGUGGCGUUGAGACCGGAGGAUCCGGUGGAUCCAGAGAUCGUAUCGAUUGCCGAUUUAGUAAUUUUGAAAAGCUGGCUGGAUAUGCCACAUUGUCCCGACGAUAAUUCAAUUUGCGAAAUGAAAAAUGAAAUAAUAGAGAAAGUUGCUCUUCAUCCGGGCCUCUUAAGUUUUGUCGCGCAAAACACGAGCGAAUGGGUCAGACAAGUCAGUGUCGAACAAAGGUCAAAGAUCGUUCUCGCUUUGCCAAUCUUUGGUCAGGGAUAUACCCUGAAAUACGACAAUCUCACCGAUGCUGGCGCGCCCGUUCUGGGACCCGGCAGAGAGGGUGAUUAUACUAAACGGCAAGAUGGAAAAUUAGCUUAUUUCGAGGUAUGCGACAAACUAGAGGGAGGAUUGUGGUUCUCCGGCAGAGAUGAGGAAGGGCCGUACGUGAAGUGCGGCGAUCAAUGGAUCGGUUAUGACGAUCCUGUAUCGGUUAAAGUCAAAAUAGCGUAUGUCCGGGCGACGGGACUUGGCGGGGUUGCAUUAUGGUCAUUAGAUCUAGACGAUUUUCAGGGUAUUUGCGGGAAUCCUUGGCCGAUGUUAAACACAGCUGUACAAUCCUUAGGAUAUUAUAAAGAUACGACGGAAAAAUGUUCAUUUGAAUAUUAUCUCUUUGGAGUGGAUCCAGAAGAUUGUUCCAGAUUUUACUCUUGCAUCAAAGGACGGCUGCAUCAUGGCCAUUGCGGUCACAACCGGUACUUUGAUUUGCUCGAGGAACGUUGUCUGACGAUUACCCCGGAGAGACUUCCGGAAAUGUACGGAAAAAAUAAUUGCAAGCGCAUUCAUAACGUUUUCGAUCGAAUUAUCGAUCAAAAUUCUUUAUCAGGAGUAUCAUCGAAGCAAAAACAGAUGUUACUGCUGCAGCAGAAAGGACCGAGAGUAGUGUGUUAUGUAACUUCCUGGGCCCUGUAUCGUAAAAAAGAUGGCAAAUUUGUGCCGGAACAUUUAGAUUCGCAACUUUGCACCGAUAUCGUCUAUGCUUUCGCUGGAUUGAAUCCUGAGACCUUGCUAAUACAAUCAUUCGAUCCUUGGGCCGACAUCGAAAACAAUUUAUAUCAACGAGUGACUUCUAUCAAAGGAUCGAGAAUAUUAUUAGCUCUGGGCGGAUGGACGGACAGUUCCGGUGAUAAAUACUCUCGAUUAAUUAGCAGCGAUGCUGCUCGCCGUAAGUUUGUCGCGGCCACAGUGAACUAUUUAAAGAAGUAUAACUUUGAUGGAUUAUCGCUCGAGUGGAGUUACCCCAAGUGCUGGCAGAGCGAUUGCAAAAAGGGUCCAGACUCCGACAAGCCUAACUUUACUAAAUUGGUACAAGAACUGAAAGAAGAAUUCGAGAAACAGGAACCGCCUCUUCUUUUAGCUGUCGCUUUAUCGGGAUACAAGGAGGUCAUCGAUAAAGCGUAUGAGGUGCACGAGAUUUCGCGAGCCGUCGACUUCAUGUCGGUCAUGACAUAUGAUUAUCACGGCGCUUGGGAAUCUAAAUCGGGACACAUAGCGCCCUUGUUUGCCUCGCCUGGCGAUAGCAACCCUUAUUAUAACGUCAAUUUUACCAUGAGCUAUCUUGUUAGCCUCGGUGCUGAAAAAUCUAAGCUUUUAGUCGGUAUUCCAUUAUAUGGUCAAUCUUAUCGACUUUCGACGGUGAGUCAAGCUGGUCUAGGUAAUCCUACGACUGGUCCCGGUAAGCCGGGAGAGUUCACCAAACAACCUGGAAUGUUGGCUUAUUAUGAGAUUUGUGACAGAAUCAAGCGGCGUGGUUGGAAAACAGAACUCGGACCAAGUGCUCAGUUCGAGGAUCAGUGGGUAGGUUACGAAAAUCAAGAAAGUGUUUAUGCGAAAGGUAAAUACAUAACAGUUAAUGGUUAUGGUGGAGCUACAAUGUGGACCGUUGACUUAGACGAUUUUCAAAACCGUUGCUGCUCGGAAUCGUAUCCUCUAUUGAAAGCUAUUAAUCGUGCGUUAGAUCGAUUGUUGAUACCCAUCUCGGAAGAUUGCCAACGUCCAUCACAACCGGUAACACCACAAGCACCGACAUUGACCACCCACAGUGAUGCUGCAGAUGACAAUCAUGUACAUCAUACUACACCGAUGACAACAUCCAGUACUCAAGCUACAACAUGGCCUACAUGGACAGAGAGACCGAGCACUACGACCCAGCAGACAACCAGAACUACGUGGCCUACGUGGAUCUCAAGCACUCAAAAACCAUCUAGUAAGAUCCCGGAGGAAACGACGAAGCCUAGUUGGAUGCAAGAACAGAGUAGUACCACGAGCUGGUCAUGGACUACAUCAAGACCUACUACACGGCCUACAACUAUCACAACUACUACAACGCAGGAAUCAAUGAUCACGCCAGAAUCGAAUUGUACUGACGGCGAAUACUAUAGCGAUCCCGCAAGCUGCAGCAAUUAUUACAGAUGCGUUCGCGGCGAACUGAAACGCGAGCAGUGUGCGCCGGGAUUGCACUGGGACGCGAAACGACAUCUCUGCGAUUGGCCAUCGGCAGCGAAAUGUCAAACAGAAACUGGUUCGACACACGUAUAUUCCUCGACGACAAGUCGACGUCCUUUUUUCAGUUCAACCAGGAGACCAUCAUCUUCUAUUACAACCAUCGUUACAACCACGAAGACGGCGCCGACGACCACCACAAGAUUCACCACAUUCAAACCUAUUGUUAUCGUGACAUCAACGCAAAAACCAUUAAAACCAUGCGAACACGGACAAUAUUAUCCUUAUCCGAAUUCCUGCACGAGUUUUCUAGUCUGCGUAAACGGCGAUCUCAUCUCGCGUCAGUGCGGUCCGGGUUUAAACUGGAACAUUGAGAAGAACAUGUGUGAUUGGGCUUUUAAAAAUCCGUGCGUCGAGGCCCCACCUCACAAAAACGCUUUACUUGUGGGAAAGGAUAACGUUCCUACUCCCUGCAUCUCCGGCAGCUACAGUAGCGUACCGGGUGACUGUAAGAGCUACCAGGCGUGUCUUUGGGGUCGUCAGGAAGUGUUUAGCUGCGCGCCGGGCUUGCACUUCAACAAAGAGACUCGUAUUUGUGACUGGCCGGCUCGAGCCAAGUGUGUAGACGAUGACAAGGAAGCUACUACACAAGUGAUAGUAUCGAUGACGGAUUUACCAGCCCGACCAUCAGUUUCGCAAAAACCUAUUACGCAAUCGACGACAGAACAGACACCCGUUACAUCAACCACGAGUCAACCUCAACCAUCAACUACAACUCAACCUACAUCAACCUUGCCUUCCGCGAUUAUAGAUCCUGAUAAGGUAUCCCCCUUGUCUGGCGACUUCAAGGUGGUAUGUUAUUUUACCAAUUGGGCAUGGUACCGUCGCGGGAUCGGCCGUUACCUUCCGGAACACAUCGAUCACACUUUAUGCACACAUAUUGUGUACGGUUUCGCGGUGCUGGAUUAUUCCGAUCUGGUGAUCAAGGCGCACGAUUCUUGGGCGGAUUACGAUAAUCAUUUCUACGAGCGGGUAGUGGCAUACAAGAAACGGGGCCUUAAAGUACUUCUCGCGUUAGGUGGCUGGAACGAUUCGGCUGGUGAUAAGUAUAGUCGAUUGGUGCACAGUUCGUCUGCCAGGAACAAGUUUAUCGAUCACGCUAUUCAAUUCAUCGAGAAAUAUGGCUUUGAUGGAUUGGAUUUGGAUUGGGAAUAUCCAGUUUGUUGGCAGGUGGACUGCAAGAAGGGUCCAGAUUCGGACAAGGAAAGAUUUGCAACCCUAUUACAAGAAUUGAGCGCAAAGUUCAAACCGAAGGGACUAUUGCUUUCAGCAGCAGUCUCGCCGAGCAAAAAAGUAAUCGACAAGGGCUACGACGUACCGGCAUUGGCCAUGUAUUUAGACUGGAUCGCCGUCAUGGCAUAUGACUAUCAUGGACAGUGGGAUAAAAAAACUGGUCAUGUGGCGCCUAUGUAUUAUCAUCCGGACGACGACUAUUCUUACUUUAACGUUAACUAUUCGAUUAAUUAUUGGAUUUCGAAGGGUGCGCCACCCAAGAGUAUCGUUAUGGGCAUGCCAUUGUAUGGGCAAUCCUUCACAAUUAAUGAUCCGAGAGCGGGAACUGGACUGAAUUCUCCGGCUAGCGCCGGAAAUGCCGGUGAAUUCACUAGAGCAGCCGGUUUUCUAUCCUAUUACGAGAUCUGUGAUCGCGUGCGCAAUCGCGGCUGGACAAUUGUACAGGAUCCAGAAUACAGAAUGGGUCCGUACGCCUAUAAGGGCAGCCAGUGGGUCAGUUUUGAUGAUCCGGAAAUGAUUCGGCGGAAGACGCAGUUUGUGCGCGACAUGGGUCUGGGCGGUGGUAUGGUGUGGGCCCUUGAUUUGGACGAUUUCCGCGGACGAUGCGGCAACGGACCUCAUCCGCUUAUGCACAUGAUCCAACAAGUAUUAGCGGAACCGCGGAGCCAUUACGUGUGGCCCGAAAAUCAAAAGCCAACAACAACUACGAUGACGACAUCGAUUACCAUCAAACCCACGCAAAUGAUACAGCCGACUAUGUCAGUGGACCGCUUUACGCAUAACACUUCCAAAAACGAGUUCAAAGUCAUUUGCUACUUUUGUAACUGGGCCUGGUAUCGGCAGGAGGGCGGCAGAUUCGUGCCAGAAGACAUAGAUCCUGACCUUUGCACCCACGUGCUUUAUGGAUUCGCCGUCCUCGAUGGUACCAGCUUGACGAUCAAGUCCCACGAUCCUUGGGCCGACAUAGACAAUAAAUUUUACGAAAAGGUAGCGGCAUUGAAGUCGAAGGGUCUGAAGGUGCUGAUGGCGCUGGGCGGCUGGAAUGACUCGGCUGGCGAUAAAUACAGCAGACUUGUAAACUCACCUACUGCUAGGCAAAAAUUCGUUACGCAAGUUUUGCACUUCAUCGAGAAAUACGGUUUUGAAGGCCUCGAUCUCGAUUGGGAAUACCCGGUGUGCUGGCAAGUGGACUGUAACAAAGGUCCAAAGUCUGAUAAGGAAGGUUUCAGUCAACUAGUAAAAGAAUUGAGCGAUGAGUUUAAACCGAGGGGAUUGCUUCUCUCCGCGGCCGUCUCACCGAGCAAAAGGGUAAUUGACGCGGGAUAUGAUGUUCCAACUUUGUCGAAAUAUUUGGAUUGGAUAUCUGUGAUGACCUACGAUUUUCACGGACAAUGGGAUAAGAAGACCGGUCACGUGGCACCCUUGUAUCAUCUUCCGAACGACUGGGAACCCACAUUUAAUGCUAAUUUUUCAAUCCAUUAUUGGAUAGAGAAAGGUGCGAACCCGCAAAAAUUAGUCAUGGGCGCUCCUUUAUAUGGACAAUCGUUUUCAUUAGCGGAAAGAAAUGUGCACGGAUUAAACGCGCCAACCUAUGGUGGUGGUGAGGCUGGAGAGGCGACCAGAGCAAGAGGCUUCUUGUCAUAUUACGAGAUAUGCGAAAGAACAUUGAAAAAAGGAUGGAUGGUUGUUCAAGAUAAAGAGAGAAGAAUCGGUCCCUACGCAUACAAGGGUGACCAAUGGGUGAGCUUUGAUGACGCUCAUCAAAUUAAACUAAAAGCAGAAUUAAUUAAGAAGCUUGGUCUCGGCGGCGGGAUGAUUUGGGCUUUAGACUUGGAUGAUUUUAAAAACAGAUGUGACUGCGAGCCUAGCCCGCUACUAAGAACGAUGAAUCGAGUAUUAAGAAACUAUCCGGAGGGUCCGCUGUGCCCUAUCACGAAAGGUACAGAAGGGAUCAUAAUCGAUGUUGAAGAGACCGAUAUUGAGUCUAUUACUACCACCAAACGUCCGAUAUAUGAAUCUACAACGUCGCCGAGACCAACGUAUAUACCACCAUUAGUCACGUCAACAACGACGAUAGAAUCAGAGACGGAUGAUACCAUUGAGGUCGAAGCGAGUCAGCCACCGCCGAUUGACUGCGGAGGACUUUUGUUCCUACCGCACAAGAACGAUUGCACCAAGUAUUACUUGUGCAACUUCGGCAAGAUCUCGGAACAGACUUGCCCAACUGGUCUCUACUGGAAUGAAAAUCGAUGUGAUUGGCCGGAAAAUACUAGAUGCGCCCAAACUGCUCAGCGUCAAAUCAGCGUAUCGCCGAGACUGAGAAUAGUCGAGAAUGUGAACGAUAAGAAGGUGGUUUGCUAUUACACUUCUUGGUCUUCGAAACGGAUAGGUUUUGGCAAAUUUUUGUCGGAGGACAUCAACGGAGAAUUGUGCACGCAUAUCAUCUAUGCCUUCGCUACUUUAAAUAUUUGGGAGCCAGAAAAUGGAAGAAAUGCGCCGAUAUUUACACUGAAAAUUGAGGAUUCUACUGAUGUUUACAAACAAUUCCUCAAUAAAGCAGCAGAAAUUAGAAAAAGAUACGGCGUUAAAAUACUACUCGGUUUAAGAGACUGGAACGAGUCCAAGGAUAACAAGUACAACAGAUUAACCGAUUCAUCAACGGUUGAACAGUUCGUGCAACAUGCCACACAAUUUGUUCAAAAGCACGAUUUCGAUGGUUUGAACCUGGAUUGGGAAUUUCCAUCGAGGAAAAUGGCAUUAUGCUGGCAGGCUAAUUGUAAUCGCGGUUCUCAGCGCGAUAGUUACAACUUUUCCCGGCUGCUUCGCAUAUUCAAUGAAACUUUUAGAUCUAAAGGACUCGUGUUAUCCAUCGCGGUCUCAGCGAACAAGAUCAUCAUUGAUAAUGCCUAUGUUGAGAUCCCAUCCUUGGUACAAUACGUGGACUGGAUUGGCGUAAUGGCGUAUGACUAUCACAACGCCUGGGAUCGUGAGACCGGUCAUGUUGCACCGCUUUAUCAUUAUCCCGAUUAUACAGUAUUCCUGAACGCAAACUUUUCCGUGAGAUAUUGGCUUGACAAAGGCGUACCAGCCGACAAGAUUGUCAUGGGCAUACCCGCUUACGGAUCGAGCUUCACCUUGUCUAAGAUAUCACAAAACUAUACCACUAUACCACUAGACUUCCACGCAGAAAUCUCCGGACCUGGAGAACCCGGCAAGUUUACGAGAUCGGCUGGGGUUCUGGCUUAUUACGAGAUAUGUGAUAACGUGAGAAACGAUGGCUGGUCAGUGAUAAAAGAUCCGGAAGGACGUAUGGGAUCCUAUGCAUCGAAACGGGAUCAGUGGGUCAGUUACAAUGACAUGUCCGAUAUAGCAAGAAAGAUCGAGCUGAUAAAGGAACUAAAUCUCGCUGGCGGUAUGAUCUGGUCUAUCGAUCUAGAUGAUUUCAAGGACCUAUGUGGUUGCGGAAAGUACCCAUUGUUAACGACUCUAAAUCGCAAACUCGGAAGACGGCAGCCCAGUCACACGACCGAUUGCACUUGAAUUGCAUAUCGCGAUAAGGACGAUAACGUGUAUAUCAAAGAAUGCGUCGUUUUAUCGCGAUCGUCCAUGCACUAAUGUUAAGAUAUAUGUCUGUGCUUAAUAAUGUACAUUGCAACACUCUUCCGGAUGACGUGAAUAAAAGAUUAUGUUAAGUUUAUGUUUUUUUUUCUCUUUCUUUAUACAGAAAGAAAGAGAAAAAGAACAUAAACAUCGAAAAUUGUCUCUUUUUCUGACAUAUGUAUUUUCAUGUCACCUGAGAAGAUUAAUACUCUCGUUCUAGUAUAAGUAUUUUGUAAUUAAGAUUAUAUCAAGAUUUUUUCACGAUCACACGUUUAUCAAAUAUACAACUGAUCAAUUGCUUUUCCCGAAAUUAGAGGAUUAAAAAUUAAUAAAAUAAAUGAAAAACGACGAUAAAUUAAAAGCGAUUGUUGUUUAUAAAAUACAUUGUGAAAUGUAUAUUUACUCGAUUCUUGUCGCAAAAAAUGAAAUAAAGUAUCUGUAUAAACCGAUUAUAAUUCAUGAUCAUAGAAAAUAAAACAAAUUUAAUAAAAGGACAAAAAUCGAGCAAAUUUGUGAGCACGAAUUCAAAAUUGUACCAAAGUCCCUCGAAAAUUGUAUAUCCAUUGCUUAUUGUAUGAAAAUUUAUAACAUUUAUUGCAAUAUUAAACAAUAUGUUUGAAAGACAUCAAAAGAUAUCUGCAUUUUUCAUCAAAAAUAUCUGCGAUUAUUUUUAAGCAUAUUUCGAGUAAUUAAAUACGAAGAGUCGAGUGAAGAAACGAGAUUUCAGCGUUAAAAGGAGUAUUUCGUGAGACGAGGAGAAGAAAAAUCGCAAUAAAGUAAAAGGUGAGUAUACCGGCCUGCGACCGCUCCGUUCCCAACAUACUUUAAUUGCGUAUUAUUUUUAGAAAUUUGUAUC